GAUCGGGUGCCCAGCUCCAGCGCGGGAGGAAGUCUCUCUCACGGCGAGCGGAGAGCGAGGGACGCGCCCUGGGCGCACGCCCAGGAGGCCUCCUCCUCAGCCCUCGGGACCGUCCUUAGGGCGCAAGGAGGAGCUUGCUGGAGACUUCGAGGCUGUCCAGAGCCAGAGAGCCGGAGCGCGGCGUCUCCUGCCUCAGCUGGAAAGGGGGAGUGGCGCUGGCCGCCGGAGCUGGGAACCCAGCGAGCGCCUGACCUUCCUCCUCUUCUUCCUUACCCUCUUCAGGACUUAGGCUCUGCGGGAAGGUUCUCGCGACCGAAGGAGUCCUCCCUCCCCACCCCUUUUCCUAGAAGGCUGGUGAUGGAUCUCCUGCUUCUGCCCCCACCGGGGCACUUGGAGCGCGCUGGUGGCGCGUGAGCCGGGAACUGCCCUCUACCGCCCUCGGCGAGCCUCGGGCCGACGCCGCCUGGCAGCCUCGCCCGAGCCCCCUUGCUUCCUGGGCCCCAAAUCACUAGCAGUUCCGAGAGCUGGAAGAGGGUGGCCCUCAGGCACAGCCCCGCCGGGAUGUCCGCUCAGAGCCUGCUCCACAGUGUCUUCUCCUGCUCCUCGCCGGCCUCGGGCAGCGCGGCUUCUGCCAAGGGCUUCUCCAAGAGGAAGCUGCGCCAGACCCGCAGCCUGGACCCGGCUCUGAUCGGCGGCUACGGGGGCGAGGCGGGCGCAGAGGGCGGCUCGCGAGGGACCAGCGGGGGCCGCCUCUGCUCCCCGCUGUCCCUGGCCGAGGGUCUGAGCCCUCGCUCGGCGUUCUCUCCCCGGGGCCCACCUCCUCGGGCCAACCGCCUCCCGACCCCCAGACCCCUCUGCUCGUCCUUCUCCACACCCAGCACCCCGCAGGAGAAGUCGCCGUCUGGCAGCUUCCACUUUGACUAUGAGGUCCCCCUGGGUCGCGGCGGACUCAAGAAGAGCAUGGUGUGGGACCUGCCUUCGGUCCUAGCCGGGCCGGGCAGUGGUCGCAGCGCCAUCCUCUGCUCUUCCGGGGGAGGCCCCAACGGCAUCUUCGCUUCUCCCAGGAGGUGGCUCCAGCAGAGAAAGUUCCAGUCCCCACCCGACAGCCACGGCCAACCCUAUGUCGUGUGGAAGUCCGAGGGUGAUUUCACCUGGAACAGUAUGUCGGGCCGCAGCGUGCGGCUGAGGUCAGUGCCCAUCCAGAGCCUCUCAGAGUUGGAGCGAGCCCGCCUACAGGAAGUGGCUUUUUAUCAGCUGCAGCAGGACUGUGACCUGAGUUGUCAGAUCACCAUUCCCAAAGAUGGACAAAAGAGAAAGAAAUCUUUGAGAAAGAAACUGGAUUCACUCGGGAAGGAGAAAAACAAAGACAGAGAGUUCAUCCCGCAGGCGUUUGGAAUGCCCUUAUCCCAAGUUAUCGCAAAUGACCGGGCCUAUAAACUCAAGCAGGACUCGCAGAGGGACGAGCACAAGGAUGCCUCCGAUUUUGUGGCUUCCCUCCUCCCAUUUGGAAAUAAAAGACAAAACAAAGAACUCUCAAGCAGUAACUCAUCUCUCAGCUCCACCUCGGAAACACCAAAUGAGUCAACGUCUCCCAAUACCCCGGAGCCGGCUCCUCGGGCCAGAAGGAGGGGUGCAAUGUCAGUGGAUUCUAUCACCGAUCUUGAUGACAAUCAGUCUCGACUGCUGGAAGCAUUACAGCUCUCCUUGCCUGCUGAGGCUCAAAAUAAAAAAGAAAAAGCCAGAGAUAAGAAACUCAGCCUGAAUCCUAUUUACAGGCAGGUCCCCAGGCUGGUGGACAGCUGCUGUCAACAUCUUGAAAAACAUGGCCUCCAGACAGUGGGGAUAUUCCGAGUUGGAAGCUCAAAAAAGAGAGUGAGACAACUACGUGAGGAGUUUGACCGUGGGGUUGAUGUCUCCCUGGAGGAGGAGCACAGCGUCCAUGAUGUGGCUGCCUUGUUGAAGGAGUUCCUGAGGGACAUGCCAGACCCCCUGCUCACCAGGGAGCUGUACACAGCUUUCAUCAAUACCCUCUUGCUGGAGCCAGAGGAACAGCUGGGCACCUUGCAACUCCUCAUCUACCUGCUACCUCCCUGCAACUGCGACACGCUCCACCGCCUGCUGCAGUUCCUGUCCAUCGUAGCCAGGCACGCCGAGGACAACGUCAGCAAGGACGGCCAAGAGGUCACUGGGAACAAAAUGACAUCUCUAAACUUGGCCACCAUAUUUGGGCCCAACCUGCUGCACAAGCAGAAGUCAUCAGACAAAGAGUUCUCAGUCCAGAGUUCGGCCCGCGCUGAAGAGAGCACAGCCAUCAUUGCUGUGGUGCAGAAAAUGAUUGAAAAUUAUGAAGCCCUGUUCAUGGUUCCCCCGGAUCUGCAGAAUGAAGUGCUGAUCAGCCUGUUAGAGACCGAUCCGGAUGUGGUGGACUAUCUACUCAGAAGGAAGGCCUCCCAGUCUUCAAGCCCUGACAUGCUGAGGUCGGAAGUCUCCUUUUCCAUGGGAGGAAGGCACUCGUCCACAGACUCCAACAAGGCCUCCAGCGGAGACCUCUCCCCUUAUGACAACAACUCCCCUGUGCUGUCUGAGCGUUCCCUGCUGGCUAUGCAAGAAGAUGCAGUGCCGGGGGGCUCAGAGAAGCUUUACAAAGGGCCGGAGCCGUGUGUGCGCCGGGUGGGCCUCUUGCCCUCCUCGAAGUCGAGGGAGAGUUCUCCUGGACCAAAGCUUGGCAAAGAUAUGGCAGAGGAGGCUUUCAAUAUCUGGGGAACUUGGCAUUCAACAUUAAAAAGUGGAUCCAAAGACCCAGGAAUGACAGGUUCCUACGGCGACAUUUUUGAAAGCAGCUCCCUCCGCCCGGGGCCCUGCUCCCUGUCUCAAGGGAACCUGUCCCCCAAUUGGCCCCGGUGGCAGGGGAGCCCCACAGAACUGGACAGCAGUGCGCAGGCUAUUCAGAGGACUCAGACCACGAGCCCGGCGGCCGAGGCGAGGGCGCACGCCCCGGUGGCCCGCGUCUGCAGCACGCCCCACAUCCAGGGCGGCGGGCAGCCCACCCCGAGGCCGAGGCCGGAGCCGAGCUGGACUCUGAGCAGCGCCGAGGACCUCUCCGAGAGCGAGCCGGAGGGGGCCUGGCCGCAGAGGAGAGCCAAGCCUCUGCCCCAGAGACCUGCAGAGGGUACCAGGCACGACAAGCGGCCUCCUCCUCCUUAUCCUGGUCCAGGAAAGUCAACCGUAGCAUCCCCGGCCCACCAAGCCGCAGAGCCACCGCUGUGGAGGCCGCGGAGGCUGGAAGAAGGCUCCGGAACAGCUUCGCAGGAGGGAAGUCAAACAGUCGAGCCGCAGCGAGGGCACCAGGCCGCCCAGCAGAAAGCGAGCAGCGCCUACCCCAGUCCCGCCGGUGAUCAGAACAGUAAGACCUUGGGGGAACCCAACUGGCUCGACUGGCAGAGGGAGCGAUGGCAGAUCUGGGAGCUCCUGUCCACCGACAACCCCGAUGCCCUCCCGGAAACGCUGGUCUGAGCCCCCCACGCUCACCCCUCACCUCCCAAACAGCCUUCUUCCACUCAGUAGGGGAAAAAGUGGGUGUUGGACAAUUGGGCACUUACUUGUUUUUCUUCUUUUACACUUAAAAAAAAAAAAAUAAACACGAGAAAAGUCAGUUCACUUAAAGUUAGAGCACCCUAGGACCCUAACCCUUUAUAAUAAGAUUCUAUUGCAUAGCCAGCCUUCAGAAUAAAACAAAAAUGUAUGCUAACGUCCGAUCUAAAAGCUAUUCACAUUGGCUCUGUAUAAGAUAAAAUUCUCGCUUUGGUAUAGCUUAAUUGUAUUUAUGUGUCUUCAGUUUUGACUCCUGUAUAUUCUGUAACAGAUUAUGUAUGAUAAUCCUAUAUGUUAUAUUCACAGAAAACAGAAGGAACACAUUUUUUAGUCACUUAUUCUAAGUAAUGAGAUUCUAUAGAAUGUUCUAGAAUAUGCACAAGCGGGUUUCUGUGCUUUUGCCAUAGCUUUUAACUGGGGACAGCCCUUCUUUCAAUGCCUAAGAAUAACACUAACAAAGCAAAAUAGAACAGAAUAUGAGAAGCCAUAUUUUUAUAUAGUAGUGAGAUACAAAAAGAAUGUAGUCACUGAAUGCUUUUUCAUAUUGAAUAUGUUUUAAGGAAAAUAUUAAAUUUGAUACAUUAUGGAAUAUAUUUUUAGAAUCUGUUUAGAAAGAAUUCAGUUAAUGAAACAAGAGAAAGGCCGUGCCUGACAAAGAAAGAAUAAUUAAGAACUUGUCCUUCCCAUUUUAGGUCAAAUUCAACUUUAUAUAGACCAUAUAUAAUAUAUAUUUAUAAUGUACGAUUUCUAUGUAUUUUUCAAAACUAUAAACUGGAAUCCAACUAUUAAGUGUUUGAGUGAAAAGAGAGUAUUCAAAUUACAGAACAUGGUUUUUCCUUUUGCCCCAUCAUCAGUAUUAACCAAAUUAUAUGCAGUGCUUUGUGAAGUAAAUCAUAUUUGGAAAAAAACAGAGCUCUGUAUUUACUCUGUGCCAAAGGCUGAGGAAAUGUUUUCUUUGGUAAUUUUCUGUGUAAUGUAAAAUGUUCCUACCAUACUUCAGCAGUAAAUUUGAAGUUUUUCAACUGCAAAGCAAUUUUUGACCAGCAGGUGGCAAUUUGCUUCUGUAUUUUAUGAGAUUUUUUUUUCACUUCAUAAGGGAAUGUGUAUCAUAGAAAAAGAUUUUUUUUUUUUAUAAAACAUGCUACUCUUAAUUUUCAUAUUGGCGAUGACAUUUUCAGUGGUGUUUCUUCAAGUUCUUACUUGUGCCAUAAUGAAUAAAAAGUUAAAGCAAA